AUGGGGCCCGAACUGGUGGCCAUGUUGUCUCUGCUUGGACUGGAGCCAAACGAUCCGGGAGUAACGCCAAUCGACUGCGCUCUCGACGAUGGACAACUUGGAACGGCAGAGCAGCUGCUCAAGAUGCACAACGCUGGCUGCAAUCUGAUGCACUGCUGCAUCGUCCGCAACGACCUGUGCCACGCUUUGGACGUUCUGCGCUCCGACUACCAGCUUGCCACGGCAUGGAGCUUUGAUGGGAGAAACGCCCUCCACCUCGCGGCACAAUACGCCAGCGAGAAUCUCUGCCAACGGCUCAUCGAGGAAAUGGAGCAGCGAGAGGGACAAAAAAACUACGUCGGAACUCUGUGUAAUAACAGAGGCGGCUCUGCACUUCACUAUGCCGGUUUGAACGUGAAACACGGAGAGAAAGUUGUUUCCAUUCUUAUUGGCCACGGUUUGGACCUGAAUCUGAAGGACAAAAGAGAAUACACUCCCUUCGCAUACGCGCUGAUGGCCGAAAACUUUGUGGUUGCCGAAGAGAUGCUGAAAUUUAAGGUUGACUGGAGGAAGGAUAAGAUUCGCGGAAAAAACCUCAUGACUGUCUGCAUCUUGAUGAAAAAAUUCGAAAGCGUCAAAUUUCUCCACAAUCUCGACCAGAAGAUGAUUCACCGGAUCACAAUUAGAGGGAUGAACGCCCUCCACCACGCAGUGAGAGAAGCCGACUUGGAGACCUGCAAGUGGAUGGUUGAAAAAGCGGGAAUAUGCGCCAAAAAAGUGUGCAAACGGGAAUCAAGCUGCCUUCAUUACGCCGGAAGCAACAAGUCUCACGGCGCUGACAUCGCGCGCUAUCUGCUUGGCUUGGGCCUGUCCGUGGAUCACAAAAACAAAGACGGAAUGACUCCUUUGAGCGAUGCCCUGGCUGCCAAGAACACCGAGGUCGUCAAGGUCAUGCUCGAACACGGCGCCGACCUGAAAGUGCGAUGCAGAGGCGACAACUACCUGCACCUCUGCCUCAGGGUGGGCGCAUUCGAUUGUGCUAAACUCGUGUGCGAAAAGAAGAGAAGACUCAUCAGGGAACGCACUUUAGACGACGGGAAAAGCGUGCUCCACAUCGCAGCUGAGAACGCGAGCGUGGAGACGGUGCACUGGCUGCUCAUGGAAGGUGCAGACCUCUACGCAAAGACGACGAAGGGAGAGCCCGUUUGGAGCUUCAUUAAAAACGGCAACAAAGAAAUGCACGAGUGCUUCAACGCCUUGAUUGAUGCGAAAAUUGGCAUGGCUAUGAAAAUGCCCUAUGAAAAUCUGGAUAAACUUCUCGAUGCUUCUUUGCACAUGUGUGCUGAUAUUUGA